AUGAGACGUUUCAAUUUUGAUGGCGACGACGCUCAAUAUAUCUCUUUUCUCGAGGAUAUCGUUCAUAAUGCCGGCUUGCUUCAGCCUGCAACGCUACCUCCUUCAACAGAAGAACAUACCCGCCCAGCCUAUGAGAGCAGCAGAAACCGUCGCCAGCAUACCACACCAACCUCGAAGGACGAAAAAACAACAGUACCACAAUUUCAGAUAAUCGAGUACAAUCCUUCUGAAACGAAGAGCAAACCGCCUCGACAUAACAAAGAACGAUGGCAAAAAGAGAUAGAUUGUCUUCUGUCACUGGCAAACAUCAAGAUAUUGAAUAGUAAGGCCCAAGAAAUAGGACUCGGAGAUAACCAAAUCGUUAUAUCUGGUCUAGUCAGCGGCUUCAACGUCAGCGAUUAUUGCCCUGAUGCUGAUAGCAUUUCAUUACCUGUUUCCGAGCUCCUCCUCUCACUUCGCAAAUAUGCCUUGUUCACGAAGAAAUGCAACAAUGAGGCGCGGCUUCUUUCUUGUCUGGCGCGGUUUCAGGACCUUAUCUUUGUCUCCUUUUGCGUUGUUGCUCUUGGUCUAGGCGAAGCAAAGGACUGCGUCCACGAAGCUAUGAAGCUAUAUAUCUCGAACUCGGAGGGCCACCAUCUGGAUCGGAUUAUAUCUGGGGCGCGAUGGGUGAACCGGUGCAUCACAGAACUCUCGAACACGGCAUGGAACCUGCGAAGCCCAGAGAUUUUUCUCCUAGGUGAGCAAACUAUAAAUUUCUAUGGUCGAUACGCCGAAGCAGGGUCCCAAAGUACACUAUAUUUUUUGAAUUCACUACGGCAGUUAGCGAAGGGUUUCUCGGACGCUGAACAGACUACAAAAAUCCCUAUCUCUAUCCCAUGUAUAGUUAAGCUGCUGUCUGGCCCUGCGAUUGAGCUAUCUGAGAUAUGUGAUAUUCUGGGGUAUGAUCAAAGCCUCACGAUGGACCUAUUCCGAGAACACUACGAUAGCAACUUUACUUGUCUCAACAGUCAGCAAUCACCUUCGUCCCUCUUGAAGCACCGAGACGAUACAGACUUUCGUUUAAACCAUCGGGAAGCCAAAAGACGCGCCCAUACGAACUACUCCGGGUGGCAUAUUUCCAACACAGCCCACGACAUGGUGCGAACCCCUCAAUCAGGUCCCACUGUCCAGCGUCGCAGUAGUGAGCAAAUAUAUACAGAUCGCAAUGACUCAACGCCUUCGUCUGAAAUUGAUACCGGUGAUGGUUGCUCUGAUCCUGACAUGUUUCGUCGCGUGCCUACAGCACCCCCGGACUUCAACGUCUUUCAGUUUGAUUCUUCACAAAACCAACUUGACAUUCCUCCCGAAUUUAAUGUGUUCCAGUUCGGGUAUCCUUCCGCUCAACUCUGUUUUCCUCCUGAAUUCAACAUAUUCCAAUUGAAUUCCCCUUCAACUCGGUUCAGUACACCCCCAUUGUUCAGUGCUGUUCAAUCCGAUCCUCUGUCUGAUCAGUCUAACGCUCAAACUGAUGGGUUUCAAUUUGAUGAAUUUCAAGAGACAAAUAACGAAGCCGCUAAUAUAUCUCGAGGUCUCAAUCUCGAAGGCCAAAAUGUUGUCGGGUCAUCGCUUCCAUUUGAUACACAAGUAUAA